GACAGUCAGCGACUGUGUAGCCUUUCUGCUUCUGAUAUUGAAAGAUACAAAAGUCAUGUUGAUGCUUACAUGAAGACAACAAAUGCAUGGACUAUUACUGAACAUCUCUGCAAAACAAGUUCAGAUGGAUUCUCAAAUACAAUAAAGUGGAACUCUGAAAGUACCAAUGGCUCUGUGUGGCUACUACUCCCUGAUGAGAUAUGGAUCUCCAUACUUUCCAACCUGUCUCACAAAGACCUCUCAAAUGCUGCUCAAGUAUGUCAGAGAUUUCGAUAUAUCGCAAACGACAACAGCUUAUGGAAGCUUAUCAACAUUACAAAUUGCCAUUCUUUGAAUAAUGACUGCUUGGCGAAUAUAGGCCUCCAUCAACCAGAGUCCUUGACACUGUACCGCUGCCAUGAUGAUGCCCAAAAGAUUACGGAAGGUGGUUUUGAAAAGCUGUUUCAGAACUGCAAGGACUCUCUCACGGAGUUAAAGAUAACAAACUGCAGUGGCCCAAGCUUUGAAGGUGAUACAAUAUUGUUUAAUUCUAGUAAAUACUGCAACAAGCUGACUGCAGUGGACAUUAGCUGGACUUCAGCCAGUGACAAAGGUGUGAUUGCUCUAGUUGACUCAUCUGCUAACUUAAAAUCUCUGUCUGUGAAUGGCUGUAAAAUCACUGACUGUGCAAUUACUUCAUUAGUGAAAAAACAUGCAAAAAGCCUCGUUAAAUUAGAAGUGUUUGGAUGCCAUGCUCUCAGUGCAAGGUGCAUAUGUGCUGUGGCUACUGAAUGCACAUUUCUGGAGAACCUGAACAUUGGUAGGGUACCAAAAAUCACCGAUGCAUGUCUGGCAAAGAUAGCGUCCAACCUUCACAAACUGACAACACUUAAUGUGACCGGUCUAAAUGUGGUAAGAGAUCGCCCAGUGCACUAUAUUGUAAAACAAUGUCCAAAGCUUGAGAACCUGACGCUGAGCUCAUGUUGUCAAGUAACAGAUGUAAGCUUGGUGGAAAUUAGUACUUACCUACAAUCAAUCAAAUAUCUUGAUGUAAGUGGCUGUAAAAAGGUGACAGAUAUAGGAAUCCAAGCACUGGCAAGAAGUUGUCGUCAGAUUUGCUACUUGGAUCUCAGUUCAACAGGGACAGGGAAAAGAGGGGUAUGCUUGCUAGCAAGCUACUGCUAUAACAGCCUAGAAUGUUUGAAGCUGAGUUUCUGUAAGGACGUUACAGCUGAUGCUAUUGAAAAGCUGUGCAAAAACUGUAAAAGUUUAAAAGUCCUCCAUCUGUAUGGCUGCCGAGUAUCUUCAGACCUUGCCAUCAUCAAGAAAUUCAGUGAAAAAUUCAAGAUAUUUCACGAUCUGUCUAUUCCAAAUAAAAAUAUUUUAGGGGAAUAAAGGAUUUUACUUAGGAAAGUCUUUGUGCUAGAUAAACUCAUGCAUGUUUAGUAAUGCAAUAUUAUUUUCUUAAUAAAGGUAUUCAAAACAGUAAA